GCAAGCGGUUAUCAGUCGCGAGGCUUACGUGCGGUUGCUAUGCGAUAUGGAAGGGGCUCUCGAGUCACCUACUAGUUCGACCAGUCAGAAGUCAGUGUGUGUGAACCGGCCGGUCGUGCUGGCCCCUUCUGCUUUCGUUCGCGGACGUUACGUGCCCCGAAAACCGUAGUACUCGUUUAUAUAUAUAUAUUUUUUUUUAUUUAGCCGAUCUUUCGAGAUUUGACCGAUCGACUACCCUCCUCGCAUCGAUCCGAUCUUUGGAAACCAAAGUCUUAGCUUUUCGCAUAAUUCCAAUAGUGGUUCGGACGCAGCAUCCUAUCAUCAUUUUCUUCCGAGGAACUUGAAAUCUUUAAAGGCCUUCACGGUUGCGUCAGGGUUGUAUCAGGAUUACGUCAGGGUUGUCCGUCCGAUCGCUUGAAAAAAAAAGGAAGAAAAGCACGAAAUUGAAAAUGAAUCGAUUACGAUCGAACAAGAACGCGAUAGAACUGUUGUCGAUUUCAAAGGACUGAUCGGAACAUUGCAUACCAACGAACGGUUUACGGCCAUACCGGCGCGAAAACUUAACGAUCGAGAACGAAGCGUGGCGCGGUCCGGAUCGGAUGACAAGUACGAGAUGAUCUUUCGCCAAUUCCACUUUUCCUAAAUCUUUGCUUUUUCUUUUUUCUUUCUUUUUUUUUUGUAAUCCGUUUCGGUAUAUCCAAUCGUUAGUAUAUUUUUUUCACGGAGUUUAUCGUCGCUUGAGAUCGUCGUAGAUUCACAUAUACGCAGAUUGCUUCCUCUCUAUCGUCGAUCAUUAACGAAUUAAAGAAAAACUAGUCGAGAUUAUUUUUGUCGAAGAACGUUUCUCGGCUAUGAAAUAGGAUCGUCACAUUAUAGGAGGCUUGAAAACAAUUCGAUGCGAGGGAAAGUAGCAAAGUAGAUCCUUGACUUUGGAUCCGAUCGAUAUUGUCCAGGAAGAAAAAUCAAAAAGAAAGAGAAGAAGAAAAAAAAAGGAAAAUGAUCGUCGCGCCAACGAUGGAAGAAAAUUCGGGGAUCUUCGAGUCGGGAAAAUUGAGCACCGGUCGAUUGAACGGACAUAGUAUCACGGAGAUCGUUCUUCGUCGACAUUACUAUUUCCAACGGCGAAGAACAAUUCGUCGAUAAGGUUCAAACACAGCAUUCACCCUUCGCGUUCCUCUGAUCAAUACGGGGAAUCGUGAACCAAAGGAAUUGGACAGUCCGAGUUCGAGUUCGAGUUCGAGUUCGGGUUUUCGGCUGGACUCGGACGCGAGCUCGGUCGCGGGCUCAUCUUCGAAUCUCGAUAGGAGAUUAUCGUCGGACGGUAAGACGGAGAAGACGGUAUCGAAGAUGAGUAGCACGAACUCAGCCGGUACCGAAUAUGGAGGAGGACGAGGGCACGGUCACACCGACACUUCUUGCGGCUUGGUGGGUUCUCUCUUCUCCGGUGGUUGUCGCGGACGAGCGGAAGCCUUCGCUCGACGUCUUCACCGACGGCUUACGUCAUUGGGUAACGCAGAUGAUUCUUCGCACGGUAUCUCGACGACUACGACGUCGACGUCCUCGUCAACAGGGGCGGCGGUGGCGGCGGCGGCGGCGGCGGCAGUGAUUACCAAACCGAUAACGCGCGAGGUUGCCUCGUGGUUGCACGCACCCUCCGAAACUGCCGCUGGUAAUCCCAUAGAUCGUAUUUUUCGGCAUCAACCGCGAAACAGUCCGGAAACGGAACUUUAUUGCGACUUCGAAGACGAUCUAGAUUUCGAACAAGAGCCUGGCUCACCCGCCGAAGAAGUCACACCGGCGGAAUUAGCCGACUUGUUGGUAAAUACGGAAAUUCUUAAAACGAAUCACCACGAAACUUGCCAUUGCUCGUCGAAUGGCCCGAGGCUAGGAAUCGAUCAGGAGUCCGAGUCGGAAUGCGUUUUCGCCUCGCCGGCUAGCGGAACCUCGCCGGCGAGCGAAGUUUCUGAGAUUUAUUUCGAUCCAGAAUCGUCCGACGCGGAAAAGGCUAAGAACGAGAUUUACUUUGAUCCUGUUACAAGUUCCGAGAGCGAAUCAACUUCGAACGUUUGUAACAAUUUGGACGACGUCUCGGUGAAAGAAAAGCCCUCGGCUUCGUUGUCGAUGGAUAGAUCGUCUAUAUAUCGAGAGGAUUCGUCGGACUCGAGUCUAUCUUCCAGUAAGUACAAACCGUUGUCCUUGGAAAGGUUUCGCCUUGAUACUCGUCAGAACAGAGCCGUUAAAGAGGAAUGCAGUUCGGAAGAUUCGUUGAACGAUAGGAGUUCUCGCGAGACCACUUCACCGAGUCACGAAUCUCUUUGGAGCACCUUCGACGACGAUAGCACCGUUUCCCUUCGCGACGAGGCUGCCAGGCCUGGCUAUAACUAUCUACCAACGCACAAGCAUCUUCCAAAGUCGCAUUCGGACUCGGAGAUACCGGACAACAUAGAUACAACAACUUUGGCCCCGAGUACCUUACCGAGAACGAUCGAGAGAAAUGAGGAGGAAGGAUGUGACGUUACUGAUUUUCUCAGUGUCCACAAAGAAUUUACUCAAGAUCCGGUCCAAGAACGAGACUCCUACCCUUGCGACUUUAUCGACGACAAUGAAAUUGAAAAUGUUACUACGGAGGAAGUGGAAAUAACUGGCGACGAUAGUCCCAUAGAUGCGAACGGCCAAAUAGAAACAGACCUGAAAGAGUCAGCUACCAACGACCGGGACCACUCCGUCUAUAUUGGUACAUUGAGCAUAGCUGAUGACCUCGUAGUAGAGUGUCCCACGGGACGAAGACUGACGGAUAAAUCGGAUAAAUCUGUAAUGAACGAAAUGACUUUGCGAAUCGAGAAUGAAACAGUAUUAACCGCGAAGAGCGACGAGAAAAUGUCUCUUUUCUUGUUGGAUUUGGACAGAGAAAAGUGUAACAGAGAUCAGAGUAGUUCAAUAAAUAGGAACAAGAGGGGGGACGAGCUAAUUGCCUCGCAAGAAGCUAAAGAAGAAGACGAGGAGGUGGAGGAUGACGAGGAAGGGGAGGGCGAGCAGUCGAUGGAAGAAGGGAGACCGCGGAGGCUUAGACGAUGUUCCUCGUUGAAGACUGGUAAGACGCCACCAGGAACACCCGGAAGAAAAAAGAUCGUUAGGUUUGCCGAUGUUUUGGGCUUGGAUCUUGCGGACGUAAGAACCUUCCUCGACGAAAUACCAAAGAUACCAAAUUCGGCAUAUAGCGAUUUGAUCUACGACGACAGCUUCCAAAAAGAGAGCAGUCCGGCGAGCCUCGGCCUUUCUACGAGCUGGAACAACCGAUAUUCGGAGAGACCUGGCUCGUCCGCAUCAAGAGUCGUUGACAGGACAUUAGUACCGCUCUUUCAACAACCCGGUGGACUUCCAAAUUUUCUCGAUUUCGUUCGAGAACGCAAAGUGUGCUUAGAAAAUGUUCUCGUCCAGGAUCCGCUAACUCUCUGCAUACAAGGUACGGUGAGAGUUCUCAACCUCGACUUUCACAAAUCGGUUCACAUAAGAUACACCCUAAACUCUUGGAAGAAUUUCAGCGAUCUUCAAGCGAGCUACAUAUCGAACUCGUGCGACGGCUUCAGUGACAAAUUUUCUUUCGUUCUCUAUUGUCACACUCUGACGGUCGGACAGAGACUGGAAUUUGCUGUCAGAUUUCAAUGCAAGGGCACACAAUUUUGGGACAACAAUGCCGGCACCAAUUACUGUUUUCAAUGCUUACCUGUCUCUUCCAGCCUCGAAUACGUCUCAGUAACGGCGAAAGAAAAUCAAAGAGACUGGUCACCUGUGUUUUACUGAUUCCUACAUACUCGACGAUUAAAGAUUCUUAUCUUUAAACUCAUUCGGAAAUGAUACCGGCGGCAUCACUCUCUACUAACGAUCGUCAAUUAUUAUUUCCUGCCAAUUUCUGAAGAAUUCAAAAUACUCAAUUAAUCGUCCGAUCGAGUUCGAUCGAGUACCGUAUCAUUUAGAAAUUCGAUUAUAUGUACACGAAGGAAGACUGAGAAACUGACAAUGAAAGAACAUUGAUUUCAAUGAACAUAGUCAAGUAUAUCUAUCAUCAAGUAUUUUGAUGACUAGACCGAUAUACGAUAAUACAAGAAGAAAGGAAAAAGCACGAAUACCUUGUCGAGCGUUGGCGGUUAUGUCGAGAUGUCGGUGUCGUUGCAUCCACCUUUACGCUCUCAACUUUUUCUCUAUCGUCAUCUGCAUUUUCUUACGCUUAUCUACGAAACACAAGGAAUCCAUCUUGUUUUGCCAACGAGAAAAUUAUCGUGCGAGCAAGUCGUAUUUAAAUAAAUCCUUUCAAUAUCGUUCGUAAUAUCUCCCGCUAUGAUGGGUGCCUAUAUAUAUACGUACGCACGUGCUUGUACGAUUCGAACGAAGAGAUUUUUUAGCCGAUGACCAAUCUGAAAGUUAAAAGCACGAGUGGAUAUCCCAUUAUGGCGAAAAUAUUAUUAACAUUGAUAAAAAGAUGUAAUGAAAAUGAUCAUUUGUUACCUCAAGCACUUCCAGAAUUGUCGGUGAAUGUUCCAUAAAAUCGAGAUUACAUACGAAUAUAUUCUACUAGGAAAUAUACAUCGUAGAAAUGGCACUGAUAAUGCAAAUUUGUCUCGGUAGCGGUUUUUCUUAUUAGUGCCAGACAUAUUUUUCUUUCUCGCCAUAUUUAAUCGUACGUAACAAUGAAUACCUAACUAAACGAAUAAACGAGACGCGAAGUAGCGAGUAUUAGUCGAGUAACGUAUUGCUAAAUGCAAUACUACGGUGGACCGGGGAUGGUGUACCAAUCUCGUUUACUUUUAAAUUUCUCAUGACUAAUCUUUGUCGUCUAAAGUCAUGCAACGUGUAAAAUCGUUCUCUAUACCUACGUGCUUAUGGACGUAUCAAACAAACGGCAAUUAUGUAUGUGUAGUUGCAGACUUUAAAAAAAUAUUUCGCGAAAAUAUAUAUAUGUAUUCAUUGGAUCGAAGAUUAGUACAAAGAAUGUUUUUGGGCAGUUGAGAUAUAUUGUAUAUGAAUAUAUUAAUAUAUCUAAAGUAAAAAGAAAUAUAUAUAUAUAGCAGAUAAAUAUGAUUGAAUUUAAAAGAAACAAAAUAUAUCUUUACAUAAAUGUACACGAGGAUGAGAGUUUUCAUACUUUUGACUCUAGAUGAAAAUAAUGGAAGGGAUACAUUUGAGAUGAAGAAAAAAACAAAAAAAAAAAAAGAAAAAGAAAAAGGAGAACGAAUAAUUUAUUACGUAAUCGUAAAUUUUUGUAAAUAGAAUAGUAUCAGUGUUGAGUUUAUCGUCGUAUAUCUUUGCACAGUUUACAGAAAAAAAAUACAAAAAAAAAAAAAUUACAGAAAAAGAAAGUAACAAAAAACAAAAGAGAUGUUUUAUUUGCAUACAUUUGAAGCGACGUUUAAACGACACCCUGUGAUAUGCUUUUUCGAGAAAAGAGCGAUUUAUUUUUGUUAAUCCUCUCCGAGAUAAGAAAACGAGACGAGAAAUCGAGCGAAGCUUUUUUAUCGUUCUAAUAAUCGCAACGCUUACCGAACGAACGAAUACGAGAAAAUUCUUCAUCGAAAGGAAAUAUAAUAAUAAAUGAAAACUCAUCGAUAUGUAAUAAGUGCGAUAUAACCUGAUCGAUCAGCAGCGCGUUUUGUUUUACGUGCUUCUUCGAUAAAAAGAAAGGAUAUCACGUCUGAGAGGCUUUUGAUAAAUAUAUGUUCGAUAAUAAAAAUAUAUUAAACUGUAAAACGCAUUUAGUUUUGAGAAUGUCAACGAUUGGACAUUUUAUCUUAGGUCCGUCCGAAAGAAGAUAUUUUUUAUUUUUAUCAGAAGCAACCUAACAAUGAAAUAUGGAAUGGCCUUUUAUGAAUACUACACUACUACUACUACUAUUACUACUACUACUACUAUCACUACUACUACUAUUACUACUACUACUACUACUAUUACUACUACUACUACUAUCACUACUACUACUACUAUCACUACUACUACUACUACUACUACUACUACUACUACUACUACUACUACUACUACUACUACUACUACUACUACUACUACUACUACUACUACUACUACUACUACUACUACUACUACUACUACUACUACUACUACUACUACUACUACUACUACUACUACUACUACUACUACUACUACUACUACUACUACUACUACUACUACUACUACUACUACUACUACUACUACUACUACUACUACUACUACUACUACUACUACCACCACUACUAUUACUACUACUACUAUUACUACUACUACUACUACUACUACUACUACUACUAUUAGUAAUACUACUAUUACUAUUACUACUAUUAUUAUUACUACUAUUAGUAAUACUACUACUGUUACUAUUAUUAUUAUGACUAACAACACAACACAACAACAACAACAGCAACAACAAUAAUAAUAAUAAAGAAGAAUAGAAAGAAAGAAAGAAAACAAAAAAAAGAACGGGGAGGAGGAGAAGAAAAUGAUAAAAAGUGUUUCUGCGCACGAGUCUAGGAGAGAUAAGAUUGUAGAUUAUAAUAAUAUAGCAUAUUUUUAUAUCCGUAUUUACACGUGUAAGCGCAUCUGUCGUACCUCUAGUCCAUAGAGCAGUGAGUUUUCGUUCGAAAGGUUCGAGAAUUAUUCGCUAAGAAAUUCGCCAAACGAUUUUACUUUUAAACUAACGAAUUUGAGAAAUCUCUAAAAAUAAGACUCGAAUCCUAUUUGCUCGCUUAAUCUUUUAACAAGUAUUUUUUUCUUUUCUUUUCUUUUCUUUUCUUUCGUUUCGUUCUUAUCUAUUUCGUUUGAAUAUUCGUAACUAAUUGCUUUUUUCCUGCAACAACAAAGAAAAGAAAAGUGAAAAAGGAAGAAUAAAAUGUUGAAACUAUUUCUGGCUGUGAUCGAUUUGGAAUGCUUAGACGAGAGAUUCAAACGGAGAAUUCGAAAGUCAAAAGAGAGGGAUUAACCUUUGAUUUAUCUUUUAUGCGUAUCCUGUCUUGAUGUUAAUUACCUAAUUUUAUCAAUUUUAAUGAAUAUUUUAUUCAUACUGAUUAAUUACUCUUCUUUCGGUAGACUGAGUUUUUUAGCACUUUUAUUUCCUCAUCAGAUACUUUUAUCCGUUUAUAAUUGACCAUAGGCUACACAAAUGAGAGGAUAAUAUCGGAUCUCGUGUAUUAUAAAAGCAUUGUUAAAAUGUCUAAUCAAUUUUAUUGGUAUCGAUUUUUAUCAAUUGCGAUUCGUGUGUUUCGAUGUCAUUUAACAAGAUCGUAAUUGAAAUUUUAUAUAAGUAUGUAAAGACAAGUGUUAUCGAUCGUAAGAAAAUUAAUAAUAAUCGAGGGAAAAAAUUAUUGUUAACUCACUAUCGUAAAUAUAUAUAAGCAAAUAUAAAUAUAUAUGUAUAUAUUUAAUCGUUACCGUAACGCGUUUCAUCGCGUUAAAUCUAUUUAACGUGUUACUACUGUAAGAAGUAUAUAUUACUUAUAUCUAUUAACAAACACGCUUCUCAAGAGAGACUUUUUCAAGAAAGAUCUCUUCGUACGGUACCAUGAAAAAAUAACCUAGCCAAGACUGAUUGUGCACUCUGUCCUCCAUAACGUUUUACAAGAAAGGAUGUAUAUUUUUGAGUCAAGCAUAAAUCGAGCGCACGUACUACCUUCAGAUAAUUUUACAAGAUACGCGGGUUCUCGCUACACUCGAAUUCAGAAAAAUGAAGUUUUCGAAUUAUAUAUUUGUUACGACUAGUGUCGAUAGAUCUUUUCAAAUUGUAAAAUAUAUAUAUAUUUUUUUCCUUCACUUUUUUUUUUCGAUCAUUAUUUUCAAUUUGUACGCAUAUCAGACUUUACAUUGCUACUAUCGUAAACUGUACUAUUUUUGUAUAAUUUUGAUGGAAAAUUAAUACGUUAAUAAAAUACUUAUUCUUCCCCUCGAGAGAUCUUUACUCUUAUGGAUACAUACUUUUUUCAAACAUCGGAAAAUCGAUCAACGAUUUAUAUAUAUAUAUUUUUUAAUACAAACAUUUGAUAGAACGAUCUAAUUCUGACCGUUGUUGAACCCUUAAGAAAUGUGUAAUACGUCCGGGGGAUUAUAACGUUACAUUAAAGAUGCGUACACGAUAGAGAUUUUUAUGUACGAACACUGAUAAGAAAGAACAUUAUCCAGAAUUAAAAUGGAUAAUAUACGUAUAUACACCAUAUAUAUAUACACAUGUAUAUGUGUGGGUGUGUGGGUGUAUAUAUAUAUAUGUAUGUAUGUAUGUAUGUAUGUAUGUAUGUAUGCAUGUAUAUAUGUAUAUGUAUAUAUCUGUAUACUGUAUCGUUGUACUAUAUGCUAUUAUUAAUACAAUAGAUAUUUGAUUUAUA